AUGGCCUCUUCACUUCCCACCCACUUUGACCGCCCCGUCCGCAUUGCCGUCAUCGGCGGCACCGGUCUCAGCAAGAUCGACGGCUACGAGCCGGUGGCCGUGCUGGACGUCGACACGCCCUGGGGCAAGCCUUCGGCGCCGCUGCAGAUCGUCGAGCACCGCGGCGUGCCCAUCGCCUUUCUGGCGCGCCACGGCCUCCACCACCAGCUGGCACCGCACGAGGUGCCGGCCCGCGCCAACAUGGCGGCCCUGCGCCAUAUCGGCGUGCGCUGUGUCAUCGCCUUCAGCGCCGUCGGCAGCCUGCAGGAGCACGUCCGCCCGAUGGACUUUGUCGUGCCCGACCAGAUCAUCGACCGCACCAAGGGCGUGCGCCCUUUUACCUUUUUCGAUGGCGGCCUCGUCGGCCAUGUCGGCUUCGCCGACCCGUUUGACGCCGGCCUCGCCGCCGUCGUGCGCGACUGCGCCGCCGCCCUGCACGGCGACGGCGUCACCCUCCACCAGGGCGGCACCAUCAUCUGCAUGGAGGGCCCGCAGUUUUCCACCCGCGCCGAGUCCAACAUGUAUCGCGCUUGGGGCGGCUCUGUCAUCAACAUGUCCGUCCUGCCCGAGGCCAAGCUCGCACGCGAGGCCGAGCUCGCCUAUCAGAUGAUCUGCAUGGCAACUGACUAUGACUGCUGGCGCGUCGGCGCCGAUGCCGACGACGUCGGCGUCAGCAUGGUCCUACAGUACAUGCAGGCCAACAGCGCCAACGCCAAGCACCUCGUCGGUGCCGUCCUCGACCGUCUCGCCCUCCAAGAACACGGCGACCUCGUUCUCGCCACCCAUCUCAAAGGCUCGGCCGUCCAGGCUGUCCAGUUCAUGACCAAGCCCGAAGGCCGCAAUCCCGAGGCUGUCAAGCGCGUCGAGUAUCUCUUUCCGGGCUUUUUUGAGUCGACCUGA